UUGAAGCUCAUUAUCAGCUUGUAUACGUUGCCAAAUACAUUUAUAGCUUUUGAGUUUAGAAGGCAUUAUCUGGGAUACUUUAUUUUGUCUCCAGCUUUCACUCAUGGAUUACAGGCUGAUCCUCUUUGGGUUCACAGGGACCCUGCUCAGUGUUGCCUGUGCCCAAAGCCGUCAGUACUACUUCGUGAACACUUCGCUUACAUGGACAAAUGCUCAGAGCUUCUGCAGAAGUGACUACACUGAUCUGGCCACCAUUGAAAACACAGCUGAUGUUGAUGCUUUUCUCAGGACCUCCUCAAACUAUACAGACAAGGCUUGGAUUGGUCUCUAUGAUGACACAAUAAACAGCUGGAAAUGGUCCCUAAAUGACAGCAGCUUCUACGGUCCUGGACAAGACACAUUUAGGAACUGGUUUCCUACCCAGCCUGACGAUAAUUCAGGACAACAGCACUGUGUCACAUUUUAUGGUUCUAGUGUCGACUCUUUGGGCAGAUGGGAUGAUGCUGACUGCAUGUCCACAAUGCAGUUUGUGUGCUAUAAUGGUACUGUAGGAGGAUCACCAUCCUAUGUUGUCAGUACUUUUUCUCUAAAUUGGACUGAAGCCCAGAGAUUCUGCAGGGCGAAUUAUGUUGAUCUGGCCAGUAUUCGAAAUCUGACAGAAAAUGAAAUCAUCAGAAGCCUAGUAGGUGCCAGCAAUGUCUGGAUUGGUCUGUACCGGGAAAAGCUGUGGUCUGAUGGCACCCAGUCUCUGUUUCGACACUGGGCCAACGGUCAGCCAAAUGAUUCCUCUGGGGAUCAGUGUGUUGCUGGAUCCUUUACUGACUCCGGAAGAUGGUCGGAUGAAAAUUGCAGCAUGAGUUUGCCAUUCGUCUGUUACAGACCAGUUCCACCCAAUGCAGAAGGUUUUACAGUUUCAGCACAGGAUGAGACCAGUAUCACCCUGCAGUGGAGUAAAGUCAACAACAACACCAGCUUUGUCAUCCAGUUUAAUGGUGGUGAAAUAAAUAUUAUUGCAUCAGUGGCAGCUGGACUGGUAACUCACACAGUUUCAUCUCUCAGUCCUGGAACAAACUACACAUUCACUCUCUUCUCUGUUCUUGACGGCGUCAGAAGCAGUGGAGUCAGCAUUACUGCAGCUACUGCUCCCUCUUGUGCUGACUGUCAGUGUUGUCCCUCCGGCACAGAGUGCAUCACCACCAAUGGAGCUGUUCAAUGUCUCGACCCCUGUGUCAGCUACACUAUACUGAAUGAUACAUGGCGUUCAACAGAUAACACAGACCAAAAUUUCUUACAGUGCGACAGGUACAUUGCCUGGAAUGGCUGGUAUCGCUUUUAUUUGGGGCAAAGCAGCGCUCAGAUUCCAGAGAAAUGUGUAGCAGAACGUAGGUGUGGAACCCAUGCUCCUUUGUGGAUAAAUGGGGCUCAUCCAGUCCAGUUUAAUGAAAUCGUAAUUCGCACUGUGUGUAAUGCCUGGUCGGGUUCCUGCUGCUAUUUUACCCCACACACCAUCCAGAUCAAACUUUGUUAUGGAUACUAUGUCUACAAACUUCAAAGGCCAUCAACAUGCUGGCUGGCAUAUUGUGCAGAACCUUCAUUCCGAGUUUCAACACAAAAUGAGACCAGCAUCACUCUGCAGUGGUUUAAAGUCAACAACAACACCAGCUUUGUUCUCCAGUUUAACGGCACAGAAACAUUCAUCAGUUCACCAGAUGGAGAUGGACCAGUAACUCACACAGUCUCAUCUCUCACUGCUGGAACUAGAUACACAUUCACUCUCUUCUCUGUGUUUGGGGACGUUAGAAGCAGUGGAGUACAACUCCUAGCUGUCACUGCUCCUCUUAAUGCAGAAGGAUUGACAAAGUUAAGAGAAAGUGACACUAGCAUCACUCUGCAGUGGAAUAAAGUCAACAACGACACCAGCUUUGUUCUCCAGUUUAAUGGCAGAGAGACAUUCAUCAGUUCACCAGAUGGAGAUGGACCAGUAAAUCACACAGUCUCAUAUCUCUAUGCUGCAACUAGAUACACAUUUACUCUCUUCUCUGUGUUUGAGAACAUCAGAAGCAGUGGAGUCAGCAUCACUGCAGCUACUGAACUUCCAUUCCAAGUAUCAGCACAAGAUGAGACCAGCAUCACUCUGCAGUGGUUUAAAGACAGCACUACCAGCUUUGUUCUCCAGUUUAACGGCACAGAGACAAACAUUAGUUCACCAGAUGGAGACAGACCAGUAACUCACACAGUCUCAUCUCUCACUGCUGGAACUAGAUACACAUUCACUCUCUUCUCUGUGAUUGGGAACGUGAGAAACAGUGGAGAACAACUGACAGCUGUCACUGCUCCUCUUAAUGCAGAAGGAUUGACAAAGUUAAGAGUAAAUGAGACCAGCAUCACUCUGCAGUGGAAUAAAGUCAACAACGACACCACCUUUAUUCUCCAGUUUUACUACACAGAGACAUUCAUCAGUUCACCAGAUGGAGAUGGACCAGUAAAUUAUACAGUCUCAUAUCUCACUGCUGGAACCAAAUAUACAUUCACUCUCUUCUCUGUGUUUGAGAACGUCAGAAGCAGUGGAGUCAGCAUCACUGCAGUCACUGAACUUCCAUUCCAAGUAUCAGCACAAGAUGAGACCAGCAUCACUCUGCAGUGGUUUAAAGACAGCACUACCAGCUUUGUUCUCCAGUUUAACGGCACAGAGACAAACAUCAGUUCACCAUAUGGAGAUGGACCAGUGAACCAUACAGUCUCAUCUCUCACUGCUGGAACUAGAUACACAUUUACUCUCUUCUCUGUGAUUGGGAACGUGAGAAACAGUGGAGAACAACUGACAGCUGUCACUGCUCCUCUUAAUGCAGAAGGAUUGACGAAGUUAAGAGAAAGUGACACUAGCAUCACUCUGCAGUGGAAUAAAGUCAACAACAACACCAGCUUUGUUCUCCAGUUUUACUACACAGAGACAUUCAUCAGUGCACCAGAUGGAGAUGGACCAGUGAAUUAUACAGUCUCAUCUCUCUAUGCUGGAACUAGAUACACAUUUACUCUCUUCUCUGUGUUUGAGAACGUCAGAAGCAGAGGAGUCAGCAUCACUGCAGUUACUGUACCUUCAAAUCCAUAUAUCUACAAAUCACAAGAUGAGACCAGCAUCACUCUGUGGUUAUAUGGAAACUACUAUGUCAGCCACUUUGUUCUCCAAUUUAACGGCACAGAGACAAUAAUCAGUGCACCAUAUGGAUAUGGAUGGGUAACAGUCUCAUCUCUCACUGCUGGAACUAGAUACACAUUCACUGUCUUCUCUGUCCUUGAGAAUUUGAGAAGUAGUGGAGUCAGCAUUGUAGCUGCUACUGCUCCUAAAAACACCAACAGUUUUAGACAAUCAGAACAAAAUGAAACCAGCAUCACUCUGCAGUGGAACAAAGUCAACAGCAACACCAGCUUUAUUCUAUGGUUUAACUCCAGAGAGACAUUCAUCAGUGCACCAGAUGGAGAUGGACCAGUAACUCACACAGUCUCAUCUCUCACUGCUAGAACUAGUUACACAUGCUAUCUCUUCUCUGUGAUUGAGAACGUCAGAAGCAGUGGACUCAGCAUUGUAGCAGCUACUGGACCAAGCUAUAUAGUUGGAAUGGACCUAGAGUUAAAUUCUCAGACAUAUCUGUCAGAAUCAGAGAUAGAAGAUGUUCUAGCAGAGAUCUAUAAACAAUAUGGUUUGCCACAGUUUUCGCUGAAAGUCCGUAAGGUCAAGCCAUAAUGAUGAAGAAAGUCAAGGAUGAAAUCCUGGAGGAUCAAGCUGCUGCAGAGUCUUUAAAGAACAUCUACAUUUGUCUUUGUUCUAGUAAAUAGAAUAUAUACUUAUUCACAACAUGUGUUGAAUUUGAAAAAACUGUCUCUUUGUUAAAUAUAGAUAAAGAAACUUAUAUCA